UUUUGUCAUAUCCAGGGUAUACCUCACGUGCAUAGAUCUUAAUCGAUGAAACGAACUUUCUGAGAAGAAGAAACAACAAAGAGUGUAGAUAAACAAACCAUCCAGACGAGUGCGUUAGUCAUAAGCAGCAUUAUCUCUCAUAACAAUGGCGAAGUUCAUAGGAAUAGUGAUUUGUUUGAUGAUUGCGUGCGCUUGCUUGGAAGUUGUGGGACAGAAAAGUUGCGAUGAUAUUCAUUUAUUCCUUAAAUACACAACAACUCUUAUAAAAUCACUCCCAUAUCACACGUAUCCAGUGUUUAAUCUAUGCACGAACCAGACUGCACAACACGAAUAUCAGAUCGCAACCAUGUUCUACCAAAACAUGACCAAUGCACCGGAAUGUAAGAAAUAUCUGGAAAAUAACCACAUGACGGUUUAUGAAAACAUUUACGUGCAACUGACCGGUCUAUGGGAUGCAGCAAACUGUGACGCCUGUACCAGUUCGGUAAAUGAAACCGCCAUGUUUAUGAACCUAUCGACAAACCUGGAUAAAUGUUUCGCAAGUACGGAAACACCGUGCGAAAGUUGCGACACCGAUUAUCAGAAUGUGCAGCAGUUUUACGCUAGCAUUGAAAAGCGGCUGCACGGUUCCGGAAUGUGCUUUGACAUCGAAGAUCGGAUGAAUCAAACGCGACGGGUUUGGUCUGGUCAGUACAACUGUUGCAAAGACAAGCGACGUUCGAUGGUAAUCUUUGCCUCGAUUGCAUCUGUUGUUUGCGUGCUUCCUUUCGUAUUCUACUUGUUGAUGCACGUAGUCACAGUGCGACAGGAAAGUCGUAGGGUCAGCUUGUUGAGUGCUACGAGCGUGAACGACGAACUAGCAACAGCGUCAUGCUCUCGGACCAACAACGGUACGCUGCGGAAUUCAGAUUUCGAACGCAUUGAGGAGGCAGACGGCAACGAGGAUAAGGACGAUGAUGAAAGCGAUUACAAUAGUGAAAGCAUUCCAGCGCAGACAGCAACAUUCCCGUCGUUGUCCAAACUAAACGAUCUCGAUGUGAACCAUAUUACGGUGGUUGAGCAGACAUCGCAGUUGGUUCCGGUGCCGGAGCUACUUGGUCGUAACCAUGAGGAAGCCGAAUCUGAAGAUGUGGACAUUCUGAAGUAGCCUUUACAAACAUAGUUAGAAGAUAUUACACAUUUCUGUCAUAAUGUUAUCAAACAUUUGAAUCCAUUUAUAUUCGAUGUGUUGCGGGUUAGCAUUUGCGAUCGAUAGCGAUGAUAUUAAAUUGGUAUUUUUUGUUGGUAGUACACGAAAAAUAAAGCGCUUAGAUGGAGAAAUUAGUUUCUGCAUUCUGAAUAUAAGCGGAGCCUACUGUUGUUGAACUGUUAACCGGCAUUUAGCACGCAGU